UUUUAUGGAUUUGAAUAAUAAAUGUUAUAAAAUAUAUAAAAAUAGUUUGUGGUUAACUGUUUUCGUUUAAACUUAUUUUAUAAACGACUUUUUUCUUAGAAAACUGUGAAAUUAUAUAUUUGUGUCGAAUAUUCGUGUGUUAUUGAAGUGAAAAUUUCAAAAUGGCGUAGCUGUCAAUUUUCGCGCCUUCGUUUUUGUAAACAAAAACAAGUGCGCGUGACAAGUGACAGAUCUUUAAUUGCGCGCCAUGUUCAACUUCUUCAAAAGAAAAGGCGGGAAGGCCGAAUCGUCGCCCGAGACCUCACGGAGACAGCCGAGCGACACCAAACCAUCCUCAGUCGAAGCUCGCGCGCCGCGAAAUCACAAUGACGUAACGAACGAAAAAUCGGUUCCACGCAAAGAUGUAGUUAACCUCUUAAUACCGGAGACUGAUUACAAUCAAAGGACCGGCGUCAGCGCCAUAUUACAAAUCAUGGCGGGCAAACGGAAAAGGAACAAAAGAAAACGGGACUACAAAAUCGAGAACGAUACCAAACGAUGCAGCGACGCGACGCCUACGCCCGCCGAAAAUAAUCGAGACGCGCCCCAACCGUCCGACGAUCCGGCCGACUUCGUUAAAGCACUCGUGCUGCAAAAAUACGCAAAACCCGAGCCGAAACAACAACUAGUGUCGCUAGUCUACCUAUCGAACGAGCAAGAUUUGGAAGACAAGCGACAUGCGGAGGCUUUGCUGCGCGAGAUCGCCAAAAGCAUCGAUUGCACUAUCGACAAAUUAAAUGAGAAGCAAAUGGGAACCGCGGACAGUAGGGUCGCGAAGGAAGCGCCGGCUUACGAGACAGUCGAGAACAAACCCAUCGAGACAUACAAAAAUAACCUUAAAGGUGAACUAGAGAAGUUGAUACAGGACGAGAACAAAGACGAGGACGCGAGAAGCGACAAGGAGAGUUCAGAAUCGCCUGCGACCAGGAAGUCGAAUCUGAAACCGCCGCGCUCGGACAACGAAGGUUGCUCGGAUGACGAUCGUUCUGACAACGGAAAGAAACGCGUUACGUUCAGAAAACACAUAAUCUUCGACGAUGGCGAACAACAAACAGACGAAGAAGUAGAUUCAUCAUUCGAAUCUCUUACUUCCGAAGAAGCUGACUAUCUAGAAGAUUUGCCGGAUAACGACGAACUUCUAGGUGGUUAUGUUGUUUCUAAAAAUGAAAAUAAAACGGUAAUAAAUGUUAACCAAACUGAACCAAUAAUAAAAGUUGAGUGCGUUGAUGACUUGCGACGAAUAACUAGUGAAAAUAGUGACAGUGGAUUCAUAGAAGGUGAUAAGAAUGAAUCGGGUGAUGAAACUAGUGAUGUUAAGAGUAUCGCUGAGAGUGAAGGGGAGAGUGAAUCGGAGGAAGAGAUUGAGGAGAUUGUCGAAGAGAUAGAAGAAGAGAGCGAAGCAGAAAUCGUUGAUGCAGACGAAGAUGUUAAUGCAGAAGAAACGAAGGAUCUCGUGACUCAGGAGAGCCGGUUCCAGUCCCAAGUGGCCGCGUUAACUGAGCUGGCGGACUCGAGAUGUGACGAGGCUGAACGAGCCAGGGAACUGAUCGUCUCUUACAGAAAAGAUAUAGAAGCGAAAGACCAGGAGAUCGAACAAUUAAAAUGCGACUUAGCAGCUGCGUACAAGGAGUCGGAGCUCGUCAGACAAAGAAGUCGAUCGCUUGAGGAGGAACUGUCGGCUGCGAGACGAUGCUCCGCGGUUUUAGCUGACCAAUUACAGAGACGAAUAGAUGAGGCCAAAAAACAGCUACGAUCAGAACUAGAAGAUGCUCUCACACAUCGAGCCCAGCUGGAGACGAAAGUCCAGGCGUUGGAGCGGGAAAAGGAAAGGUUGGAACAAGAGAAACUCCUGCAAGAGCAAAAGGCGAAAGAGGCGUUAGAAGCAGCGGAAGAGAAUACAGCGAAAUGGCGCCAAGCUCACGAAUCAGCGCGAUCACAAGCCGCGUCGAGAGCGGAACGGAUUCUGGCAGACUGCGAAUGGAAGAUGAGAGAGUUGGAGAAGAGAGCAAGAGAUGCAGAGAAGGAGAAGAAAGAGUUAUCAGAAUCCCUAGAUCAGCUCAAAUCAGCACCACCAACACCCUCCCACAUCGCUGAACUCCAACAGUUGCGAGGCCUGGCUUCAGAACAACAGAGAUCAGUACAGUCAUUGACCCUGCAGUUGCAGAAAAUAGAGACGAGGGAAGAAGCGUUAAAGUUGGAAGUACACAGGUUAAAGGAUUUGUUGGAAAAAGAAGGGCAGAUCAGGAAGGACAGAGAAGAACAGCAUUUGCAGGCAAUGAAUCGCCUGGAACAGCAGCAUUCUGAUAAAAUAUCAGCGCUCAGAGCGGAACACGCGGAAGCCGUCGCGAACUCCGCGAGCGCCCGCGCGGCGCUCGAGCGCGCGGGCGCCGAGCGCACGCGCGCCGCGCUCGCGCAGCUCCGCGCCGAGGCGGACCGGGACGCCAAAAACGCGGAGCGGAAGCUACGGGAACUCACCACGAGGUUCGAAAAUCUCAAAGAGGUACUAUCGUCCAAGGAGUCACAAUUCGAGAGCGCCAUAGCUGAGGCUAAUAGCAAAGCUGACUGGGACAUUCUGCAGCUCAGACAUUUACUAGACAAGGCUGAUAUUAACUACGCGAACAAUAUUGAAGCGAUGAACGAGAGAUUUGAAAAGGAAAAAGAGUCAUUAGUAAAAGAAUGGUCAGAGAAACUCCAACAAGUUGAGCACGAUGCGUCGAUCGCGGUAGAUGAUGCGAGGAAACUUCUAGAAACGACUAGAAUGACGCUGGUCGCGGAGAAGAAUGAUCAGAUCAAUAAGCUAAAGGAGAAACAUCGACAGGAGAUGGAUGACCAAUGGGAGCAUUUUAUGACGGACAAAGAGAAUUGCCUUCAACGAAUGAAAUCGGAAUGCAGGCAAGAGGGAGAAGAGGAUCGGGCUAAGAGAGAAAAGGAUCUAAUGGAAGAAAUAGAAGAACUGAAAGCUCAAAUACAUUCGAAAGUAGCAGAUUUUGAUGAGCUAUCAUCAAAAGCCGCCGCCUGCGGACGAACAUUGGCAGUCACUGAACAAGAAUUGAGAGAAGCGCUAGAGCGAGAGAGGGAGCUACGAGAGAAGAGGAUAGAAGACGCGUCGAAUAUGAAGCAGAAUCAGAAAGCGUCGCAGGAGCAAAUCGAUCACUUAACAAGAAAGUGUGCGUGCAUAAGGAAACUUUUCGAUGACAUCCGCGCUCGUCUUGCGGCUCGAGAACGCACCGCUGAGCAGGAAGCUCGGUCGCGGGAAAAGGAGCUCAACCACUUGCGUGCUGAGGUCGCGAGGCUGACCAAGCUUCUCGUGGAACAGAGUAGUCCAAAACUAGGAGCUCGUACGCGCGCGGACGGUUGUGAAAACUCAAUCCAAAAUAAGGAGUCUUUUUUAUCCAAGAACGGGCCUCUAGCGUGUGAGACGCAACUAAACGCGCCGAGAAGGAAAGGUGGAACUCUCCGUACACCGGAACUUGCUAGGAAACGUCCAACAUUACCGGAUUUACAACCUCUCCCGCCAGAAGCGCGUCGUACUAACAUGGACAUAGAAAAUGGCCGACGACGCGCGAAAAGCGUCGACCUCCCCGCUGUACAAGUUCCUGUUCGAAUAAAACAACUUGAAGAAAGAAAUAAAGAAUAAAAUAAUAUAACGAUCGGUGUUUUUGAAUAAUAAAGUUUGUAUUAUUAAUAAGAAUUAAGUAUAUUUUUCAGGGAAAUUUCCGAUUGAAACGGAUUUUACGUUUAUUGCGCAAUUAAAAUUUGCGAAAUACAUGUCUACAUAUUAACAACCUGUAAUUGUACGCUAUCAAAAUCAUUGACAUUACUUAAUUUACGUUAACUGUAAAAAGGUCUGAUGUCGGCCCUUUUUUCUAGAGCUUAUAAGAAAUGUAUCGGUUUUUAAAAAUAAUCUUUAUGUCAGAUUUGAAAUUUGUUUUUAAAUGCGUAGAAAAGGAUAAAUUUUAAUGCGCAUUCAUUUUUUUUUUUAUUUAAAUUAUCUUAGAAAUUAUCUUAAAAAAACGUUUUAUUACAAAUUUAAAUUUUCAACUGUCAGUUUUAAUGUUUUUUGUUAAAGUAAUGUCUAUUACUUUAUACUCUUUAAUAAUUCGAAUAAAUAGUGUAAUAGCGAAAAGAAAAGGGUAUCAAAGUAAUCGAUAAAAAAUAUUAAUAAUUAAAUAAAUAAUUCAUAACUCUGUUAGUUAUAUAAUUAUUUAUACGAUUUUUACUCUCUUAUGGAUAAUAUUUAUAAUUAAAUUUACUUGAAUUUACAUAUUAUAGUUAAACUAAAGUAUCCCGGAGGUUUACGAUUCUUUCAGAUUUUUUUUUUUUUAAUUUUUUUUGCUUGUUAAUUUUUGUCCGUAGAAGCUAAACAAUUUUGAAGUAAGAACCUAUUGAAGUAUGAGAUUACUUCUUUCUCCGAGGAUUUUGAACUGUUUUAUAUUCGAUGCAUUUUAACUUUGUUUUUUUUUUAAUAUGAUCUUGUAAUUGUACUUAAAUUAUUCUUCCAAGUUUCAUAAUCUUUGGUAAAUUUAUAUAUUGACAGCUUUAGCUUUUUUAAAUAUUGUUAAAGAAACGGUAUAUACCGAAAUAUAUAUUAUUAAUAGAAUACUCGUAAUUUUGUAUUAUAAAAUAUUUUACAGGAUAUUAAUUACGUAUCUGUAAAAUAUAGAUUAUAAACUCAAGCCUUCUGCCUUUCAAUCCAUGUCUAAAUAUAACGUAUGAAAGUUGUAUUGCAAAAUGUUCGUGUAAUUUUGAUGUAAAUAUUAUUUUUUCAUAAUAAACUUUUUUAAAUACA